UGGCUCCAUUUCAUCAGAGCGCAGAAACUGAAAUUUUCUUUAUUGUGGCAAUCGCUCAUGGAGUCAAAAGUCAAGCAGAAAAUAAUGAACCAACCCCAUACCCUAAAGCCAUUGUUUUGUGGAUUCUAGCCCAUAUAUAUUGGCUUACAAGGAGCUCUGGGUUUCGCACAAGACAGAGCAGAGCAAAGAUGAGAAGCAUUCCAGAAAUGGCAUUAGGAUCCACAGGAAAGGCCAUCCCUCUUGUGGGCAUGGGCACAGCUGUGUAUCCUUUUGCUCCAUCAGAAACCAUGAUAGAUUCCAUUCUCACUGCAAUAGAGUUAGGUUAUAGACACUUCGACUCCGCUGCUCUGUACCAGUCAGAGAAACCUCUUGGUGAAGCAGUAAAGAAAGCAGUGGAGCUGGGGCUCAUUAAAUCGAGGGAUGAGCUUUUUAUCACCUCCAAGCUUUGGUGCAGCGAUGCACACCAUGACCGCGUCCUCCCUGCACUACAAAACACACUCAAGAAUCUUCAACUGGACUAUCUUGAUCUCUAUCUCAUUCAUUGGCCGGUAAGCCUGAAGCCUGGGAAAUAUGAGUUGCCUGUGAAUAAGGAUGACCUUCUUCCUAUUGACUUGGGGUCUGUUUGGAAAGCCAUGGAAGAUUGUCAGAAGUUCGGCCUCACAAAAGCCAUAGGUGUAAGCAACUUCUCGUGCAAAAAGCUGGAGGAGUUGCUCCAGACAGCUAGCAUCCUUCCGGCAGUCAAUCAAGUGGAAAUGAACCCACUUUGGCAGCAGAAGAAGCUCAGGGAGUUCUGUGCGGAAAAGGGUAUCCAUAUCACGGCAUACUCCCCCUUGGGUGCCAGAGGAACACUGUGGGGAACUGAUCGAGUUAUGGAAUGUGAGGUGCUCAAAGAAAUUGCCAGAGAAACAGGAAAAUCAAUUGCCCAGGUUUGUUUGAGAUGGGUUUAUGGGGAAGGGGUGAGCCUUCUUGUGAAGAGCUUCAACAAGGAGAGGAUAAAACAGAAUCUGGAGAUAUUUGAUUGGGAACUGAGCGCCCAGGACCUGGAGAAGAUAAUUCAAAUUCCCCAAUUUAAGGGGUUUCCUGGUGUGGAAUUUGUUUGCCAAACAGGCCCUUACAAGUCUCUUGUGGAUCUUUGGGAUGGGGAGAUCUAGGUGAUGCUCAUACCUCGUCUGUACGGACUUUAAUAAAGAGAGAGUUUAUGAAUAAGUUUAUUAGCUAGCCCAUCUUCAUGAUUGGGAAUGGAAUUCUGCACAUGGAAGGAUUUUCAUUUCAUGUGGCCAAUUGCCUUUGAAUAAAUUUGUUUUAUUUUCAACAUCUA